AUGAAUUUUGAAAUAAUAUAGAUAUUUUUUAAAUAUUUGAUAGAAAAUAAAUUAAUAUUAUAUUGUUUAUUAUAACUUUUAAAUAAUGGAAAUGCAUUAUUUUAAAGAUUAUUUUUUAAAUAUAUUUUAAAUAUUUUAAAAAUCAAAAAAAAAAAAUUAAAUUAGAAUAAAUACUUAUAUAUAUAUAUAUAUAUAUAUAUAUAUAUAUAUAUAUAUAUAUAUAUAUAUAUAUAUAUAUUAUUAAAUAUCAAAUAAUACUAAAUUAACUAUAAUAUAAUUAAAUUCAAAAAAAAAAAACAUUUUUAUUAGUCUAAAUUUAUUAAAAAUAAAAUUGUUUAAAUAUUAAAAUUAAUAAUAAUAAAAAUGUACAAUAAAAUCAUAAAAAGAUUUUCAACUAUAUAAAGCAAGGCAUAAAUUAGAGUUAGAUUUUCUGCUUAAUCUACAGAUAACUUUCUUUUAACUGAUUAUCGUACUGCUUUAUAUAAUUAUUUGUUUGCUAAUAAAAACCAAGGUUAAUUUAUUCUUAGAAUAUAAGAUAUUGAAAGUGUAAAAAAAUAAAAAUCGCUUUAAAAAUAAAUUAAAUAUAUAAUUGAUAAUUUAAAUUUUUACGGUUUAAAAUACAAUGAAGGACCAUAAAUUGAAAAUAUAGAUAAGUAUUAAGAACAUGGACCUUUAGGACCUUAUUUAUAAAGUCAAAGGACAAGUAUAUAUUAAAAAUAUAUAAAAGAAAUGCUUUAAAAUGGAGAUUGCUAUUGUUGUUUUUGUAGUUCAGAAAGACUAUAAAAAAUUGAAAAUUAAUAAGUAUAAAAUAAAUAGGCAAUAAAAUAUGAUAAACAUUGUAGAAAUUUAACAGAUUCAUAAAUAUAGCAAAAAAUAUAAAAUAAGGAAAAAUUUUAAAUAAGAAUAAAAGUUCCAUUAGGAGAAACAACUUUUACAGAUUUAAUUUAAGGAAAAAUUUAAAUAAAUAACUAAUAGUUAAAUGAUCAAAUAUUAAUAUAUUCAAAUGGAUAUCCAACAAGUGUUUUCACAAAUAUAAUAGACGACUAUACAAUGAAAAUAUCACAUGUAAUUAGAGGAGAUGAAUUCAUUAAUUUUACUCCCCAUUAUUUUUUUAUUUAUGAUUCUUUAAACUUUAAAGUUCCACAAUUUGCCCAUAUUCCUUAAAUAUAAAUAAACGAGAAUGAAAAAUUAUCUAAUAACCAAAAAUUUUAUAGUCUUAAUUAUUUUAGAGAAAAUGGUUAUUUACCAGAAGCUGUGAAUAACUUUGUAGCUUUUCUAGGUUGGCAUCCUAAAUAUUUACUAGAUGAAUAAAUGCUAAAAGAUAAAUUUAGUAAAAAAGAGGAAGUCUUAUUUAUGGAUGAAUUAAUUUCUUUGGUAAAUAUUUAUAAUAUAUAUUUUUUUACCUUUAAAAAUUUAUAGUUCAAAUUAGAUUAAAUAUAAUAAAAUUAUACAUAACUUUAAUAAAAAAAAUUAUUGUAUUUGAAUAAAUAACAUAUUAAAAGUAAAUAUGAAAAUAUUAGUACCGAAAUAGAAGUUUUAGAAGAAUUUAAAGAAAAACUUUGUUAAUAUAUGGAUAUAGAUAGGAACGAAUUUAAUAAGUUAAGUGAAUAAAAUCAGUUAUAAAUUUGUAAUGUAAUUAAAGAUUUUUUAUUUACUUACUAAGAUUUUAAAAAAUUCAUUUAUUUUUUUCAAUAACCUACAUAAUUUUAAACAAUUAACAAAACAGAAUAAAAAAAUUAAAUAAAAAUAAUUAAAGACUUCAUUUAUAUAUUUAGUGCUUUAAAAAAAUUUAACUAAAACUAAAUAAAUAUAUCAAUUAGUAAAUAUAUUUUUGAAAAUUAACCGUUGAAAAAUGAUGUUGUUUUCGAAUUAUUAAGAACUGCUGUUUCGGGCUUUAAAAAAGGACCCCCAGUAGGUGAUAUAUUUGAAAUAAUUGGACAAUAAAAAACUAUAGAUAGACUAUAAUAUUUUCUUGAUAAUGUAUUAAAUAAAUGA